GCGAGGAGGAGGAGGAGGGACCACCGACAGGCUCGUUCAUUUAUUCAGCGUUUCUGCUCAACAGCUCUCAGAGGCGCGCACACACACACACUCACGCUGGGAGGAGGGACGGACAGACCUCACUCAUCCCUCUAAUCAGCCUGACCACACACUCGCCUCCACCUCCGACGCGAAGUUCGCGCUCGGCUUUGUUUUGGUAGCGCAGCGUUAACGCUCACGUUAGCUAUGUUUCGGCAGCACCGCGAGUCUCCGCAGCACUAACGGUCGCCCACUUUCCUGUCAGCGAGCGGAGGUUUUAUUUCAGAACUGACCGACUUGCAGCUGGAAUGGAGAGACUAUUUUGAAGAGCAGUUUCUUCGCAUAUUUCACGCCAAAUAUGGAAAGCUGAUGGCAAGAAGCUGAGAGCAGGAGAGAGGAAGAGAGAAAAAAAACAACAAGCUGUCUUCAGUGCCAGGGGUGCUACAUAACAGAUUCAACAUAUUACAGCAUUGCAGCUGUGCCAAGUACGAAUGAUGGCUGCUUACGGACAGACACAGUACAGCCCUGCUAUCCAGCCAGCGGGCCCCUAUACACCAUACACACAUCACACCCAGAGCUACAGCAUGCCUUCCUACAACAUUAAAACAGAAGAUGGCUUGAGUCAUUCACCUGGACAGAGCAGUCUGCUUGGCUAUACGUCCAAUUUCAGCAGCACGCCACCCAGCCAGGCCCUUUACAGUUACUCCACACAUGGCGGCAGUAUUUCGUCUGGAAUUUUCCAGGGAACCAAUGCCAUCACAGGCUCCACACCAUUCAGUCCCACACAGCAGGAUUUCUCAGCGUAUUCCAGCUACGGCCAAAGCCAGUACUCGCCAUACUAUAACACAAACUACAACAACCCCUACCUCACAAGCAGUAAUAUCAGUCCAUCAGCCAUCACCUCAGCAAUACCCUAUCAGCAUCCUGAACACGCUCCUGUAACAACCAGUCACAGCCCGGAGUCCCACCCAGUGGAGUAUCAUGCUCCCCCUAGCCCCCCAACCCCAGGAAAGGAGCAGGAAGGAGCUCCAGCCAGAAGGGGGUCGGAUGGAAAGCUACGGGGGAGGAAAAGGGCCAAUGACCCUGCACCUCCACUGGACUCAGACAUUGAGAGAGUGUUUAUUUGGGACCUGGACGAAACCAUCAUCAUUUUCCACUCACUCCUCACUGGAUCUUUUUCCACACGCUUCAGCAAGGAUUCUGCCAAAGCUGUGUCUUUGGGGCUGUGGAUGGAGGAGAUGAUCUUCAACUUGGCAGACUCACGACUCUUCUUCAAUGACCUGGAGGAAUGUGACCAAGUUCAUAUCGAUGAUGUGGCCUCAGAUGACAAUGGGCAGGACUUGAGCACUUACAACUUCGGAACAGAUGGCUUCCAGAGUCCAGCAGGUGGAGGUGCUCUGUGCCUAGGCUCAGGGGUUCAUGGUGGUGUUGACUGGAUGAGGAAACUUGCCUUUCGCUACAGACGAGUAAAAGAGAUUUACAACACUUUCAAGAACAACGUAGGAGGUUUGUUGGGCAGUCCAAAACGAGAGGAGUGGCUCCAGCUGAGGAGGGAAAUGGAGGUGCUAACAGACCUAUGGCUCACACAUGCUCUAAAGGCUCUAGCUCUCAUUAACUCCAGACCAAACUGUGUGAAUGUGAUGGUCACCACCACUCAGCUUAUCCCAGCUCUGUCCAAAGUGCUACUUUAUGGUCUUGGAGGAGCAUUUCCAAUUGAGAACAUUUACAGUGCCACCAAAACUGGUAAGGAAAGCUGUUUCGAGCGAGUAGCUCAGAGGUUCGGCAGGCGAGCAGUGUACGUGGUCAUUGGAGAUGGAGUGGAGGAGGAGACUGUGGCAAAGAAGAAAAACAUGCCUUUCUGGAGGGUAACAUGUAGGGCAGACCUGGAGGCGCUGAGUCAUGCACUAGAGCUGGACUACCUCUAGAGGGCAGAAUCUACCCUACAUCACUUCACCUUGUUGCCUAUGGCUGUUCAUUAGAAGCAGGCGGUCAACAGUAAUCACAUGGCCAAGCCAGGAACUGCAGGACCAAUCAGCAGGGAGCUGCAAACUUACUGGAAAUGUGCUUGUUUCAACUCACUCCAAGAAAAGUGUUUUUUUGUUUUUUUUUCUGUUUGUUGUUGUUGUUUUUUUUGUUUGUUUUUUGUUUUCAUCUGUGACAAGCCUCAAUUUUACACAAUGGAGCAUUGCACUGAAGAAAGUGGCCCAUCAAAGACCAGAGUGCUUUGAAAGACUGAAGAGUUUCAGUUGACAAAAGAGACAAAGUGCAUUACAGACAAAUUUGUAUGCAUCAUUUGUGAUGAGGAAAACAUUUAGAAUCAGAUUUGGGGGUUUAUAGUAUGCAAAUAUUUAUGCUUGUCUUCUUUUCUUCUACAAAUUGACCAAGAGCUGCAUUGUUUACUAUAGACGAGACCUAGCUCAGAGAGUAGGCUUACCCAAAUGUUUGUGAGGAAAAAUGGUCUUUUUCUAUAAGUUCUGUUAAAAGUAGCGUAUCAGACUUUUUAAACUGUGAAAUUCAGUGAUAGCCUUUAGACAAACAAAGCACAAUUGAGGGAAUUAGCUUUAUGAUUAAAAAUCAGUUGAGAAAUGCAUAGAUCUAACAAUUUUAGUCUCUGUUAGUGUUUUUUAAUGGAUUGUUUCUGUCAGUUAUUGAAUUAGUUGAUUAAUGAUCCAAAUUUUGAUCCAUUCUUUCAGCUGAACCUGAAAAGCUUUAAGGUUUAUGGAAAUGUGUGCUAUACCACUUCAAGAUGUUCUAUUAAAUAAGGAACACAUGCUGAGUAAAAAGUACUGUAAACUUUUUAAUAACACACCAAAGUUCUUACAAGCCAGUGCAAGAGAACUUGUGUUAUGACUAACCCUGAAAAUAGCCAAAGUAUUGAAGCUAAAUCCAUUGCUAGAGGUGACAAUCAUCUACGUAACUUAUGAAUUUUUCUUUCUUGUCUUUUUUCGGUGAGGUGAUUUCUUCAGCACUAGAAAAUAUCUCCUACAUUUCUCUCCGAUACGUGCCUGGGCCACAAUGAUCUGUAUUAUUUGUUACUGGAUGUACAUUUGAUUUCUUGUUUCUUUGUAUUAGCUUUACUGAAAUUUAUAUAUGUGUAUCAAUCUUGUAUGAAAACUGUAUGGUUGUCUUUUGGCUUGCAUGUACCUAUUACACUGCCUGUCCACCUAGCUAUAAUUUGUAUAUAAGGUUUUAUUGUUGAUCUGUUUCUAUGGGCUAUUAUGUUAGCAAAAUAAAGAUAAAUUAAUUGCAUCUCAUGUAAUAUUUCUUUCUUUUUCAUUGUUGAUGUUUUGUGGGUGCAUAUGAUAGAAGAAUAAAGAUAAAACAUGUU